ACUCACAGACAUAUCAAUAUUCGAGUUCAUUCUAAAUUCACUAACGGGGAAGAUAAGGUGAAAAUCAUACGCAUUUGAAAAUAAUAAUUUUAUGUUGCUGGUGGUCUAUAUAACUAUUAAAAUGGUUCUCAUUGAUUCUAACUUGAGUUUUCAUUUUGACAUAAAACAAUAUAGAUUAAGUAUGCUUCUCAUCAACUAAAUACCAUAAAUAUAACUGAAUUAUAAAUCAAUCUAUUCAAAUAUUAACGUCUAUGACUGAUGGGAUGCAUGUUCGACAUCCCUUUUUUAUUAUUUGAGGAGCAUUUUAAACAGUUAACCUUAUCACCAUGUGUGAUUAACAAAAAUGUCAUUUCCUAUGUGUCAUCAUGAGAAUCAUUCUUGAUUCUCAUAGCCUUUGUUAAAUAACAUUUUCUUGCCUAGACAAAUUACAUAAAAUGCAAUUGCUCAUUAAAAUUUAGUAAUAUGAAGAGAUUAUAUUACUAAACUAUAUGAGAAGAAGCCAUGUAUAACAUGAAACAUUUCAUGGUAUAACUACUCAUUGCAAUGUAUUUUAAUAAUUAUCGAACAAAACACAUAUAGCCACAAAAUGAACGGCAAAAUAUAGUUAUUUAUAUUCUUAGCAUAAUAUUAGUGGAUUGAGCAAUGUAUAUGCUUCAUUAUUUUACAAAUUCUUAGCAUAAUAUUAGUGGAUUCUUCGAUGUGUAUGCUACUCCCUCCGUUUCACUUUAUUUGUUGCUUUAGGUUUACGAACACAAAUUAAGAAAACAUUUAAUUUUGCAUAUUUCCAAAAUAAAAACAUUAUUACCUAUACACUUAACCAUGUUUCAACCAAUAGAAAAAUAAAAUAGAAAAUAUUAUUAUUAAAUUUUGCAUUGAAAACAUAAAACGACACUUAAAAUAAAACAAAGCUUUAACUCUAAAAUGACAAAUAAUAUGACAUGGAGGGAGUAUAUUAUUUCAUAGAAGUUAUCAUACAUUAUGUUUUUUUAAUUAAAAACUGAUGGGGUUUUGACUAUAUACAUAUGAUUCAUGUUUUUAUAAGAUUCACGUUCUUUAGGAUUCAUAAAUGAUACAUGACAGUUUUUUGGGACUGGGAAAUAUAAAUUAUUCAUAAUUAUGUUCUUCUAUAAAACUUUCUUACGUGAUAUUUAUUUUGAUUAAUAUUUUUGGAUUUUUAUGGGAUACAUGACAUUUAUUUUGGGAAUUUAUUUUGGGAAUCAUCAAUAUAAACGGUUUUAUAUUGUAAAAUCAAAAUGUCGAGAAUUAUGGAAUAUCUUGCGUGAUUGUAAAAUACAUCCAAAACGGAAUUCCAUAUUAAUUGUUUUUUUCAAUCCCUUAACUUUUGCAACAAGACUUUUAGAUUUCUAAAUUAUCUUAAAUGGUGACAGACAUUAAAUUUGGAAAUUUAUAUUAUUAUUUUUUCAAUAAAGUUUAAAGUCAAAUAUCAUUUUAUAGAUUUCCUUUAUUUUCUCCCCUUGCAUAUAAUACUUUCUAUAAUUCUCUGAAAACCUACGAUUAUAAUGUUAUACGAAAUUAAUAGGAUUGUCUGAUAUUUAUAUUCACAAGUGUUAGGGUUUUGACUAUAUAUACGAUUCAUAUUGUUAUAAUAUUUUCUUUACGAUUCAUGAAUGAUAGAUGACAUUUUUUAGGGACUGGAAUAAAUAAAUGAUUUAUAAUUAUGUUCUUCUAUAAUUAUUAGGUUUGUGACAUUUAUUUUGGUUGAUACUUAGAGACAAUUAUAUAUGUGAAUAAAAUUUAUUUUCGGAGUGGACAAUAUAAACUGUUUUAUAUUGUCAAAUCAAAAUGUCAUAUAUAAAAAAAUUUAUAAGCAAUUCCACAAAAUACAUUCAAAUGGUGACAGACAUUAAAUUUGCAAAUUUUUUAAUUCUUUCCGAUUUUUUUUAAAUAUCAUUUUUAAUGUAGAAUUCUUUAAUGUUCGCCUAUGCAUAUAAUACUUUCUAUUUUUGAAAGUAUUUUAAAUGACUAGCAUUUAAUAUGACUAUCGCCUUUAUCUCGUGCCAGACUUUUUAGUAAAAAUAUUUUUUUUAAAAUAAAAGAUAUAUUAAAAGAGGUCAAUGUGUAUUUUGAGUCAUAAUCGAUAUUAAGGUUCAACAGUAGGCCUCUUUUACAAAUUUGAGUCUUAAUCAGCCCACUAAAUUUGUAAAUUCAUAUUAUUUACUUCUUUUUCUUUUUUUUCAACCUAAUAUUAUUUACUUCAAUUUAUUUUUAUUCUUUUACAAUUUUAUGUACUCCAGAACCGGUAUAAUUUUAAUAAAAUAUAACGUUACAAGUUUGAUCGCUAUUGAAAUUUCCUUAAAGAGAACAUAAUUGUCUUUAACUUUCCCUCAAACAUUUUCCCAACUUAAUUGUGAUUUUUAAGCAAUUUGAACUUUAUAUCCGAAAUUACAUGAUUAAAUAAUGUAAUAACAUAAUUUUAUUUAACAUAAUAUUAUAUUCAUUUUAUUUUAUGUUAUGGUUCAAUUAUUAUAUAUAUUUUCAUUCAUAGAAAAAACGGUGAAAGAGUAAAGGAGCCCAGACACAGGACACACUUUGGUUCUCUCUCUCUCUCCCCGUCUCUCUACGCCAUGACCAGCUCUUCCGCUCCUUCACGCAAGGCGUUAAGCAAGAUCGCGUGUAAUAGGUUGCAGAAAGAGCUUACGGAGUGGCAAGUAAAUCCCCCCACUGGAUUCAGGCACAAAGUUAACGAUAAUCUUCAAAAAUGGAAAAUCGAUGUGACCGGAGCUCCAGGGAUGCUCUACGAGAACGAGACUUAUCAGCUUCAGGUUGAAUUUCCCGUUAAUUACCCUAUGGAAGCGCCGCAGGUAGUUUUUGUUCCUCCGGGACCGUUACAUCCACAUAUUUACAGCAAUGGGCAUAUUUGUUUAGAUAUUCUAUAUGACUCGUGGUCACCAGCAAUGACUGUGAGUUCAGUCUGCAUCAGCAUUCUCUCCAUGCUAUCAAGUUCACCUGCAAAGGAGCGCCCAGCAGACAAUGAUCGUUAUGUGAAGAACUGUAAAAAUGGGAGAUCUCCUAAGGAGACGAGGUGGUGGUUUCAUGACGACAAGGUUUAAUGCAACGACCAGUAUCUAAAGACGCCCUUUAUUUGUAAUAUGAUUAUGACAUUUGAGAAUGUCGAAUCGUCCUGACACAUCCUAUUAUCUCAUCUUUGUCACUUUUAUCCUAUGAGAAUGUCGAAGUUUAACA